AGCUGGUGUAACAUCGGACAAUUUCAGAACCGAAAGAGUAUUGAAGCGACAUUCACAAAUCUGGUCAACGCACUCGUCUCGGACGAAAACGAAAGACGACGAGUACUUGAAGAGAAGGGUGUUGUUGAGAAUCUCGACUGCCAUCACGAUGUUGUACAAGUAUUCGAUUUGAUCUGCAUUGAUGUCAAUAAGCAUGAUUACGCGCUCCAGUAUAUGAACGUUCUGAACAACCUGUGCACGAAGUUCAAUGAUUCGGCCAAAAUUAUCAGUGCAAUGUGGAAGACGUGCUCGGAAAACACGUUCUCAGUUCUUCUGAUUAAACAGCUCUGUGAACGUUUUCAGUAA